AUGGGUGCGGACGUCACUCUGGUCAUGGGUGAGACCAGGUCGCGAUCAAGGCCGUCGCUCUGGCCAUGGCCAGGGCCGUCAUUUUGGACACAACUAUGGCUGGGUGAAGCCAGGGCCGUCACUCCGGUCAUGGAUGCAACCAAGGUGCUAGGCCAAACGGACAUGGCCAAGUUGGAAUCGUCAUACCAGGCCCUUCCAUCUUCAUCGAUCGCAUUGCGGUCUCUCCGCGGCCUCAUACGAAGGAAGGUCAUUCUCCCCCAGGGCUGGGAAGGAAUCUCAGCCACACCAUGGCCUUGGCCCACGUCGACGUUCCAGAACGAAGGAUAG